AUGGCGUCAACUUCGAAAUCUGGGAAAAGUCAACCUGGUCGUAUUGUCGAACCGAGAGAGCCGACGAAAAACGAGGAACUCAGCAGACUAGAGAGCAUUGAGAUAGCCGGUCAGGUCCAGGAGCUACGAGCAGACCAAGCUCUAGCAGAUCUGGGCUACGAACCAGAGCUGUCGAGGAACCGAUCGACCUUCCAUGUUGCCUUCAUGUCCUUCGUGCUGGCCUCGGUGCCGUAUGGCCUGGGCACCAGUCUGUUUUAUCCCCUCAUCAAUGGCGGGUCUGCUACCGUCAUCUGGGGCUGGGUGUCAGUCUCCCUCAUCAUAAUCUGUGUGGCCCUUUCCCUGGGCGAGAUCACAAGCGUCUAUCCAACCGCCGGAGGUGUAUACUACCAAACAUUUAUGCUCUCCCCGGUGCGGUGGCGUAGGCUGGCAGCAUGGAUCUGUGGGUGGUCUUAUGUGGCUGGGAACGUGGUCAUCACGCUGGCGGUCGGCUUUGGCACCACGUCCUUCGUUGUUGCCUGCAUCAAUGUCUUUGAAAAGGAACCUGGAGUGGGAAUAUUCCAAACCCAAACAUACCACAUUUACCUCCUGUUUCUCGCAAUCACCAUAUUAUGUACAGCAACAUCGGCCUUGGGCAAUCGACACCUUCCCAAGCUUGACGCAUUUGCAACCUUCUGGACACUUGCAGCUCUCGUAGCCACCGCAAUUUGCACAUUGGCCAUUGCGAAGAAUGGACGACACUCUGGCGAAUACGUGUUUGGAGAUUUCGAGCCACUUUCAGGCUGGACCCCAGGUUGGGCCUUUUGUGUUGGACUCUUACAAGCUGGCUAUGCCACCUCUUCCACCGGGAUGAUCAUCUCCAUGUGUGAAGAGGCCCGCGACCCAAGUACGCAGGUACCCAAAGCAAUGGUUGGAACGGUGAUGUUGAAUACAGUGGCGGGCCUGCUUUUUCUCAUCCCCUUGAUGUUUGUGUUACCGGAUCUCGAUUUCCUCGUCAGCCUCGCCUCCGGUCAACCGCUUCCGUCAAUACUCAAGUCGGCAAUCGGUAACUCAGGAGGCGCUUUCGGGCUACUUGUGCCACUGAUAGUCCUCGCCCUAAUCUGUGGCGUGGGCUGCACGACAGCCACUUCUCGGUGCAUAUACGCGUUUGCGCGUGAUGGUGGUAUACCGGCAUCUGGCUGGUGGAAGCAAGUCGAUCGACGUCUUGGAGUUCCACUGAAUGCGCUUCUCCUCAGCGCCGGCGUCCAGAUCUUGCUUGGACUGAUUUAUUUCGGCUCUACCGCAGCAUUCAACGCCUUUUCAGGUGCUGGAGUGAUCUUCCUUACUGUCAGCUAUGCUGUGCCGAUCGCCGUGUCCCUGUUUGGGGGACGUGCUCAUGUGAAAACGGGUCCAUUCUAUCUCGGCGCGUUUGGCACCUUUUGCAAUGUUCUCGCGCUCGGUGUGUAUUAUAACUUCCUCUUCCGAAUCUUGUGUCAUUGUCGAGCCUUGCUAACCAACGAUUGGGAUCCAGUUUGGUCCUGCCUGGCCCUCCCUCUCUUUUGCAUGCCAUCAUACCUGCCAGUGGCUAGAGAGACGGUAAACUACGCCCCCGCCGUCUUCUGUGGUGUCGUCGCUCUUGCUGCGGCAUGGUAUUGGGCAUGGGGCCAGAAGCACUAUCGAGGCCCUCCAGUACACGGCGCCGCACUGGGUUAG